GUCAUCCGAGCAAUCUCGAAAUGCUUCCCAACUGAACCGGCUGAAGAUUCGCAACCUGCACCUCCUGUCUACGAUUCCAAGAGACAUGACUUCAAAAGAAAGCCAGUGGGCUCCGGUACAUCAUCAAGCUCAACAUGGACCGUGAAGCUCAAUAUCGUGAUCCAAGUUGUGGGCAGUCGUGGAGAUGUGCAACCCUUUAUCGCUUUGGGCACUGAGCUCCAGCGUUAUGGUCAUAGAGUCCGACUUGCUACCCACGACUUGUUUGCAGCCUUUGUCCGUCAAGCCGGGCUCGAAUUUUAUCCAAUAGGAGGAGACCCUGCGUCGUUGAUGGCCUACAUGGUCAAGAAUCCCAGUCUCAUACCUUCGGUGAAGACAAUGAUGUCUGGCGAGAUCAGCCGCAAACGUCGCAUGGUCGCCGAGAUGUUAGAUGGAUGCUGGAACUCAUGUGUUCUGCCAGACCAGUUCAGUGGUGAGCCUUUUGUUGCGGAUGCAAUCAUCGCCAACCCUCCUAGCUUUGCCCAUGUCCAUUGUGCGCAAGCUCUAGGUAUCCCUGUUCACCUCAUGUUCACAAUGCCGUGGACCAACACUCGCGCUUUUCCGCAUCCUCUGGCAAAUUUGACCAACGUCGAUGGAAGCUAUGCGGCAGCAAACUAUCUGUCAUAUCAUGUCGUGGAAUGGAUGACCUGGCAAGGCAUUGAACUGGAACCUAUCAAUUUUAUGGACGGCCCGACAUUAGCACGUAUGCUCAAAGUUCCCUUCACGUACUGCUGGUCACCAGCGUUGGUGCCUAAGCCUAGGGACUGGCCUGAGUACAUCGAUGUGUGUGGUUUCUUUUUCCGCGAUACGCCUACAUACAGUCCUGAGCCAGCUCUUAUGGACUUCCUAGCUGCAGGACCUGCGCCCGUAUACAUCGGCUUCGGCAGCAUUGUGCUCGAUGAUCCUGCAAAAAUGCUGUCCAUAAUUGUUGACGCCGUGAAAGCAGCUGGUGUGAGAGCCAUCAUCUCGAAAGGAUGGUCCAACUUUGGCGGUGACGUGGGCAAGAACAUAUAUUACAUUGGUGACUGCCCACAUGAGUGGUUGUUCCCACGCAUGGCAGCUGUUGUGCAUCAUGGUGGUGCAGGCACUACCGCCUGUGGGCUCAAGAACGGACUGCCGACCCUGCCCUUCUGGGGCCAUAUGAUUGCUAAUGCCGGUGCUGGACCCAAGCCUCUGCCGCCACGCCAGAUGACUGCUGGCACGUUAGCUGAUGCCAUCCGUUUUCUUAUGAGAGAGGGGACAUCAACAGCAGCCAAGGCUAUCGCCAGACGCAUGUCACACGAACAGGGGGUCCAGGCUGCUGUAAACUCUUUCCACAGACAUCUCCCACUCGAAGCCAUGAGAUGUGAUCUUGUACCAGACCAGCCGGCCGUCUGGAUGCUCAAGUCAGGUCGCAAUCAAGUCAAGAUCUCCAAGCAGGCUGCUGAGAUAUUGACAUCACAACGCAGUAGUCUACGGAGAGAUCUCAGGNCCCAAAUCACUAUCGAGCCUGUUCGCUGGGAUGCCGUGAGCGGCGGAGCCUCGGCCUCAAUCAAGACAAUAAUGGACAUCACAGGUUGCGUGACCGGCAUGGUCACUGAUCCAAUCAAAGUGUACCGCGAGGAAAAGCAACGACAGGACCGAGCCAGUGCGGUCGAUGUAAUGGUCGAAUCCCAACAGCUAGCUGAGACCAACAGCCAUCAGGAUUCGAGCGCAAGUAUCCAUACAACCGCAUCAACGAAAGCACGCGACAAACAACCAUCCGCAGGGAGUAAAGCAGCGUUGGCAGGUGUAAAGAGCAUCGGCUGGUUGGGGCCAAAAGUCGUCAAAGGUAUGGUGGUCGAUAUACCACUGGCCAUGGCAGAAGGCUUCCACACCGCACCCAGGUUCUAUGGCGAUGAGGUAAGAGAUCACGGCAAAGUGACAGGCGUUGGAAGCGGCUUUGCAGUGGCUGGCAAGACUUUCGCAUACGGCCUAUACGAUGGAAUAUCUGGGCUUGGUGUGCAGCCUUACAAGGACUACAAGAAGUCGGGGAGUGUGGGCAUAGCGACCGGACUGGGCAAGGGAUUGGCCGGACUUGUGACCAAACCUGGAGCUGCUAUGGUUGGUGUAUUGGCGUAUCCAGCGGCUGGUAUCGCGAAGAGUGUGCGGGCUGCCGUGUACAACAAAUCGCGCAAGCUGGUCGAAUUGCAACGUAUUGCUGAAGGCGAAUGGUUGGCCGAACAUCAUCAGUGGACUGGGAGCCAGGUGGUUGCGUUGAUGGAGAACUUUAACGCUCUGGGAUCGAAGAAGGGUAAAGAGCCAUGU